AUGCAAAAGGUAUAUCCACAGUUAAAAUCCUCUGAAAAACCUAAAAAUUUAAAUUCAAAACCAAUUCAGAUAUCGCCGAAAAAAUCUCAUACAUCGUCUGGGGAAAAAAAUAAGUCCAAUCAAGCUUUUGAUAAGAAAACUUUAACAAAUAAAAAUAAAGAAACAAAUUUAACAAAUCCAAAUAAGAACGACGAAAAGGAAAUCCGAGUUGUAACCGUAAGAAAUGAAUUAUUUUUUAAAGAUAAUUUGGCAUUAUUAAAAGAACAAUUUCAGAGUAAAUGGAAGGAUCCGCCUACAUGCCCAAGAGUUAGUGACGAAGAAUUUGAUAAACUUAAAGUUCUCGGAGAAGGAGCUUUUGGCAAAGUAUAUUUAGUGCGACAUAAUAAAUCUCAUGAUAAUAAGGUUUUAUUCUUCGCCACCAAAGUGCUAAACAAGGAAUUCAUUAUCAGAUCAAAAUGCAAAGACCAUGUAUUGACGGAAAAGAGGAUUUUACAAUGCAUUAAUUUUCCUUUUCUAGUAACCUUAUAUUACUACUACAAAGAUUCGCUUAAUCUCUACCUAGUGACUGAAUUUGUGGAGGGCGGUGAUCUUUUCAAGCACAUCAAAAAGUUGCGUCGAUUUAGUGAAAGUCAGUCCAAAUUUUAUUCUGCCCAAGUCAUACUGGCCAUCGAAUAUUUGCACAGCAACGGACUUGUGUACCGAGAUCUCAAACCUGAAAACAUUCUACUUGAUCAGUGGGGCUAUUUAAAAAUGACGGAUUUUGGGUUUGCUAAGUAUAUGUUGCUUCACAAUAACCAAACAAAUUCAAGUGGUAGAACUUGGACCGUUUGCGGAACUCCUGAAUAUAUGGCCCCUGAAAUAAUAGUGCAGAACCGAGGCUAUGAUGGCUCUGUUGAUUGGUGGUCCUUGGGAGUUUUAAUAUUCGAAAUGUGCGCCGGAUAUACACCAUUUAGAGGCAAGGAGGAGAAGGAGAUUUUUCGCAAUAUAGUUGGUCAUAGUUAUACCAGAUCUAGUAGGUUUUCCGAUGAUUGUGCUGAUCUUAUAGAAAAUCUGCUACAAAACGAUGUUAGGCGACGUUAUGGCUGCUUAAAAAAUGGAGUAACUGAUAUAACCCACCAUCCCUGGUUUUACAAAUUAGAUUGGGAAUCCAUCAAUAACAAGACCUUUGAAGCCCCUUACAAACCCGUCAAGGAAGAUAUUAAGGAGAAAAUAGAAACUAUUGGAGAAUUGAAAUUAAAUAAAGAUGCAAAGGAUAUAUUAUAA